CACAAUUCAAGUAUCUCAGACGCUCGGGCGUUCCGGCGCCUACUGUUGCAAGCUUGCUCAGGUCAAGUAUCCCUCAUAGACCUGGGUCCGCCGCCCCCGAAUAACAGUCUCAGACUUCGUGUAAGCUGCUAUGCGAAUAUGCGGCAGCUUCAUCGCGAGGGGAAACCAUUCUACACCCAGUAUUGUCGCAACUGGUGCCUCGUCCACCUCGUCCAACAGUACUAUGACGAAUCCGGCAUCCGACUGGCCGAAGUUCACAAUUUAUUCCCCCAUAUCACGGAGAGCCCGGACUACGAACGAUGCCACGUUACUUGACGCCACACAGAAGAAGCAGGCAGAGGCUACAGAUGCAAUAUGUGGCGGAGUCCUGGGGCAACCGUACCUGAAUGAGACCCGAUUCCGCCAGUCGCUUCACGUUGCCAGCGGGACAAUUCAACAGUGCAAUUAAGCAUUAGCUUGUCUUGUGAAUGGACGCCACAUCAAUGAGC